AAGACAAUUUCACAACGGUCGAAUUUCUGGUUUUUAAAAUUGGGGAAUCUGUUGGAUCAGAGACAUUAGGGAGAGAUGGGGAAAAGGAAGGAGCGAGGAGUGACCCAAGAAACCCCAAUUUCAAACCAUGAGCGGUGUGAAAAUGGUGAAGAAGAAGAAGGAGGAGGAGGUAAAGGGGCGGGAUUCUUCGCGUGCUAUCUGCUGACGUCGCUCUGUCCCAGAUUCAAAGGCCACACUUAUAUCGGGUAUACGGUGAAUCCACGGCGGAGAAUCAGGCAGCACAACGGCGAAAUUGGGAGCGGAGCGUGGCGGACUAAGAGGAAGCGGCCGUGGGAAAUGGUGUUGUGCAUCUAUGGUUUUCCUACUAAUAUUGCUGCUCUUCAGUUCGAGUGGGCCUGGCAACACCCAGUGGAAUCUCUAGCAGUAAGGACGGCUGCUGCAAAUUUCAAAUCCCUUGGUGGACUUGCAAACAAGAUCAAAUUGGCAUAUACAAUGCUCACUCUUCCUGCAUGGCAGGGUUUGAACCUCACAGUGAAUUUAUUCUCAACAAAAUAUCAAAAGUAUACCUCCUGUUGUCCAUCCUUGCCUGAGCAAAUGCGAACACAAGUCUGUUCCAUGGAUGAGUUGCCAUGUUACAAUCUGAAUGUAUAUGUGAACGAUGACGAUGAAGAAGAGGAAUGUAAUAUGACUAGCAAUCUCCUGGAACCGCUGGGCAAUAAUUUAAGAAGCAGAAGCAACAUUCAUGAUUCUCCGAGCAGUCGUCUUAGCACUGAAGAAAAUGUUCUUCAGCUAAUCAAUGAUAGAGAUAAUGCCACUUCAGAAACCAUUGGAUGCUUAGCAAAAACUUGGGUAGGAUGGCCUCAGAACUCGCAUUCAAUCAGAGAAGAAGAAGAAGACGAAGGGCCGUCAUUUAUCAUCAACACCACCCCUGGUGGAACAUCGUGUUCCUUGGCUAGUCCCUACAUAGUUGAAGACGUGCAAAGUCCCAGAUUGACUAAAGAGUUGGUAACUUCAGAAUUGGACAAUCCUCUUACAAGACGGUCGGCAAUUGCCUUGGUUGCGGAUAAACCGUUAAUCUGGAGUCCAGGUGAUAUUACUCAUAAAGUCGAGAUCAUAGAAAUUUUUACUCCUUCUCCUUGCUGUAGGGUAAAUUCAGGCAGCAAGAAGAGAAGGCCAAGUCUGUGCCCAGAGAUAAUUGACUUGACGAACUCUCCCAUGUUUGUAUAAUUAGUGUUCCAGCUUUAACGUGUAAACCAUCCGUUCCUCGUUGGAACGGUUUUUGACACUCAUAAGGAACAUUAGAUAGAUGAUGACGUCAUGAUUCUAAAUUUUUAUGUGUUAUUUUUUUGGCACGACAAAACCGCUACUAGAUGUGUUGCAAAAAACUAUUACAAAUUC